AAUGCAAUAAAAAGCCUCAUUACCCAAACAGUUGGUUUAGUUCUAGUUCCUACGGCGCUCCAUCAUGUCCGGGCUGGUUUCCAUUGAAGAUUUUGAAGAUCGUGCUGCAGCUAGCAUUCCGCAAGAAGCUUUUGACUACUACCAAAGCGGAGCAGAUGAUGAGCAGACGCGCCAGUUAAAUCGCUCUAGCUAUGAAAGGUUGCGCAUUCGACCGAGAAUGUUGCAGAAUGUAUCCAAUCGUGAUAUGAAAGUGAAGCUGUUUGGUGAAGAAUACGCCAUGCCUAUCGGUAUAUCUCCAACCGCUUUUCAGAAAAUGGCUCAUCCAGAGGGGGAAGUCGCAAAUGCACGAGCCGCAGCUAAUCGUAAACUGUUGUUCACAUUGAGUACAUUAUCCAAUAGUUCUAUCGAGGAAGUGGCAGAUGCUGUUCCGAAGUCUCCAAAGUGGUUUCAGCUGUAUAUCUAUAAGGAGCGUAAGUUGACCGAACGAAUCGUUCAACGAGCAAAGAAGGCAGGAUUCAAAGCUAUCGUGGUGACCGUUGAUAGUCCAUUGUUUGGAAAACGACGAGCGGACAUUCGAAAUCGCUUUUCUCUACCUCCUGGAUUAAAGGCUGCUAAUCUGGAAGGAGAGCAAGCCAUAAUACAAGGGAAGGACGGAUCAGGACUCAGUCAGUACGGAGAACAACAGCUGGAUCCAUCUCUGGUGUGGGACGACAUAAGGUGGUUGAUUAAAAUUUCCGAACUACCAGUACUUGUUAAGGGUAUUCUUACUAAAGAAGAUGCUGAAAUAGCAGUUAGUAAAGGAGUGAGUGGCAUAUGGGUGUCCAACCAUGGUGGUCGUCAGCUGGAUUCAGCUCCAGCUACGAUUGAAGUCCUGCCUGAAAUUGUUGCUGCUGUGGGAGACCAAACGACUAUAAUUGUCGACGGAGGUGUGCGAAAUGGAAAGGAUGUAUUUAAAGCCCUGGGUCUUGGAGCUAACAUGGUAAUGAUUGGUCGACCAGCGCUAUGGGGUCUUGCCGUUAAUGGCCAGCAAGGCGUUGAGCAAGUAUUGGAUAUCCUGAGGGAUGAGCUAGACACCACGAUGGCUCUGGCAGGAUGUCAACGAGUUGCAGAUAUUACACGGCUUCACGUUAUACAUGAGGAGUAUUAUAAAGAGUUGAAUAUGAAGCAAACUCAAGUUUUACUUGACAUGCAAAGUAAAGAUAAACGUAAAGGUUGGCUUAAAGGAAUAUUUUAAGUUUG